GGGCGUGCCAUCACAGCUGUCAGUGCAAAAGUGGGAUAUUUGUACCUUCACAGGACAGUACAGGGGUCCUGUGAGAGGGGGGGGCGGUUAUGCUUUGAGCUGCAUUUUUAGUUUUAUUUAAAAAAAAAAAAUCCUCAGUCAUGUCUCGGAUAUUAAACUUAUUCAAAGUUCAGUUGCGGAGAGAUUUAGCCGCGCAUCGUGGGACUGCUCGGCUUCUUUUGAGGACCAUCUGCUGCACUGCAAGAAAACACGCUGAAGAGAGUGAUGCAUCCACAGUUUUGGGAAAGCGGUGGAAGGACACAGCAGAAACUGUCAUCAUCGGUGGUGGAUGUGUAGGGGUCAGCUUGGCGUAUCACCUGGCUAAAGGCGGCAUGAAGGAUGUGGUGCUGCUGGAGAAGUCUGAGCUGACAGCUGGAUCCACCUGGCACGCUGCUGGUUUGACAACGUAUUACCAUCCAGGCAUCAACCUUAAGAAAGUCCACUUUGACAGCAUUAAAUUAUAUGAGAGCCUGGAGGCUGAGACUGGACAGGCAGUGGGCUUUCACCAGCCCGGCAGUGUCCGCAUUGCUUCCACACCGGCUCGAGUGGAUGAGAUGAAGUACCAGAUGACCCGCACACACUGGCAUGUGACGCCACAGUACUUCAUCGGACCAGAGAAAGUCCAGGAACUUUUCCCUUUGCUCAACAUGGACAAGGUAUUGGCAGGUCUGUACACCCCAGGAGAUGGCCACAUUGACCCCUACUCUCUGACCAUGGCUCUGGCUGCAGGGGCUCGUAUGUACGGCGCCCAGAUCUACAACCCAGCCCCAGUCACUGCCCUCAACCCAACUGCUGAUGGCAAGUGGGACGUCCAGACUCCUCAUGGAACAAUCCGUGCCAAUCGCAUUGUCAAUGCUACAGGUUUCUGGGCUAGGGAGGUGGGCAAGAUGAUUGGGUUUGACCACCCAACCAUCCCAGUGCAUCACCAGUAUGUGGUGACAGCAACAGUACCAGAGGUAAAGGCUCUGAAGAAGGAGCUGGCUGUCAUCAGAGAUCUGGAGGGGUCUUACUACCUGCGUCAGGAAAGAGAUGGCUUGCUGUUUGGCCCAUAUGAAAAGAUGGAGAAGAUGGUAAUGCAGGAUUCCUGGGUCAGAGAUGGUGUACCUCCAGGUUUCGGUAAGGAGCUGUUUGAGUCAGACCUUGACAGGAUAAUGGAGCAUGUUGAGAUGGCCAUGGAGAUGAUCCCUGUGUUGAAGAAAGCUGACAUUAUCAACAUUGUGUCUGGACCAAUCACAUACACCCCUGACCUGCUACCCAUGGUGGGACCACACCAGGGAGUUCGCAAUUACUGGACUGCCAUUGGCUUUGGGUAUGGAGUUAUCCAUGCUGGUGGUAUUGGUAAGUUCCUGAGCGACUGGAUUAGGAAUGGAGAGCCUCCCUAUGACCUGAUUGAAUGUGACCCUAACCGCUACGGCAAAUGGACAGAUGUGCCUUUCAUGUGUGCCAAAGCUCGAGAAUCCUAUGGCUUCAACAAUGUGGUUGGUUACCCUAAGGAGGAGCGUUUUGCUGGCCGGCCAACCAGCCGGACAAGCGGUGUUUACGAGCUGCUGAAGGACAAAGCAUCUAUGGGCUUUCAUGCUGGCUGGGAACAACCUCACUGGUUCUACAAACCUGGAGAUGACAUUGGAUACAAGCCCAGUUUCCAUCGUACCAACUGGUUUGGACCAGUUGGCAGAGAGUGCAGGCUGGUGAUGGAGAAGGUGGGAGUGAUCGACCUGACUCCUUUUGGCAAGUUCAUAGUGAAGGGGAAGGACUCACACAAGCUGCUGGACCGCCUCUUUGCCAACACCAUGCCCAAGGUGGGCCACACUAAUAUCAGCCACAUGUUGACACCCACGGGGAGAGUCUAUGCUGAGGUCACCAUCACCCAGCUGUCACCAGGGGAGUUUUUGCUCAUCACCGGCUCAGGGUCAGAGCUACACGACCUCAGGUGGAUAGAGACAGAGGCUGCAGACGGUGGAUAUGACGUCGACAUCAGCAACGUAACAGAAGAUAUAGGCGUGCUGGGCAUAGCAGGACCAAACUCACGCAAAGUUCUUCAAAAACUGACAGAUGAGGACAUGAGUGACGCUGGAUUCAAAUUUCUGCACUGCAAGUCCAUCAAGUUGGCCGGCAUUCCUGUCCGGGCCAUCAGGAUCUCCUAUACGGGUGAGCUCGGCUGGGAGCUGUACAUCGACCAGAAGAACAUGGCAGCUGUGUACCAGGCCAUGAUGGAAGCAGGAAAGGACGAAGGCAUCGACAAUUUCGGCACCUACGCCAUGUCCUCCCUCAGACUUGAGAAAGGCUUUAGAGGCUGGGGAGCUGAGAUGAACUGUGACACCAAUCCUCUGGAGGCUGGGUUGGACUAUUUCAUCAAACUGAACAAGCCCGCUGACUUUAUUGGCAAAGCAGCUCUUCAGGAGAUCAAAGCCAAAGGCCUGAAGAGGAAGCUGUCCUACAUCACCCUGGAUACGGAUGAUAUCGACCCUGAGGGCAACGAGACCGUCUGGCACAAUGGAAAGGUGGUCGGCAACACGACGUCCGGAGCCUACAGCUACAGCAGCCAGCAGAGCCUGGCGUUCGCCUACCUGCCUCUCGAGCUGUGCUCCGUGGGCCAGAAGGUUGAAGUGGAACUGCUGGGGAGGAAAUACCCCGCCAUGGUCAUCCAGGAGCCAUUAGUCCUCACCGAGCCCACACGGACCCGGCUGCAGAAGAAGGCAAAGGGCAAAGCAUAAGUGUGGACUGUCCUCGAUCAGCUUGUCACCAGCUAAUGAAGAACAAUCCUACUGUGAAUUAUAAAUGAGAGGCUGUGAUGGUGAUGAAGGGUAAAGCUGUUAUGGGAAAAGAAUCACGUGUCCGGAGCUCAGUGGCCACUUCAGGGAAAAAGAGGCACAUUCACAAUUUCCUCUUCCCGUCCCGUCGCCUGUUGAGGGUGGAAACAGAUUCAGCAUGUGAGAAUGCUCAGUGCAGUCUUCUAUAUGUGUUUUUGAGAAAUAAGAACUGUGAUAUAUUUGCACCACAAUGUCUUAAAGUGUUGGAAGAGUAAUUGACUUUUUGUAAUUCUAUGAAUGGAUGUUAAUGGUUUACAGGUCAAAAGUUGAAGAAUGCUUGAUUUUUGAAAACUUUUCAAACUGGAAGGGUCAAAUGAAACCAUUUUUUUUUGUGUGUUUAUUAGAAAGUCAGAAAUAAAGCAGCUGAAUUUUUCAUGACAGCACUUUGUGACAAAUACCAAGUAAAUGUAUAAGAAAAACUGUUAUAAACACCAAUAACCAAAAGAAACAGAAUGUUCACAAACUUGUACAAAGAUUGUUUUAUAAAUCAUUUUUUUUUUACUAAUAUGUAAUUGGUGUAUAUUGAUACCUUGAUAAUUAAAGCCAUGCAUUCUCUGUCUUACUGCA